AUGGGCCCACCACGCUUCCGCUGCGCCACUCUGAUGUUGUUGUUAUUGUACGCUUUCAGUGUUAAAAAUAUUCGAAGACUUGGGUUACCAAUCUGUAGUUGA